AAAGUGACAGAAAGCCUGAGUUGCAGCGAGGGUCUCCAGGAAGGAAGAGAGAUGACGCUUUCUCUCUCGCUGGUGCUUGGUUUCAGCUUCCUGUGUGGAGUCAGGUAUCGAAAUCAGACCUUUUGAACCUGUUCCGUGUGGUUUGUGAUUCACCAUCAACUGAACCAAGCGGAUCUCAAACAAAUCGACCGUUUUUUUUAAUGCAAAUGCAUUUGCAAUAACAUUGUAACUUCCCCCUAAAAUGCACUGACUGUUGAAAACGUAUCGUGUUGAAUGCGACAUUUGGGUGCGAAAGGUCAGCGCUUUUCGAGGCUCUGGGUCGACGGUUUGAGGAACUGUAGUCGAAAGGGCGGACUCACUCGGCACGGUUGAGAAGCCACGACGCAGCCUGCUUUAGCUUUGCCUUCGACAUGAAGUCCUCCACGUUCCUGCUGCUCCUGUGUCUGUCCUCCUGCUCCGCGGCCCAUGGACAUGGAUACUUCAUGUAUGCCGACUUCCGGUGCAACAUACACCCCGCGGGGCCGCAGCGGGUGGAGUAUCUGAUCGACUGGUAUUUCAACAAAGAGUUCAUGAUGCAGUACAACAGCACGUUGGGGAAGUGGACCGGCCUCACCCCGGCCGGACUCAUCUCCGCCUCCGUCUUCAACGAGAACCCGUUCGACGUCCUGCAGCGGAAGGAGGAGAAGCAGCUGAUCUGCGUGGACAACGUGGGGCACGCGCUGAACGCCACGAGGGACAACAUCGCUGCACCCAGCGUCCGUCUGGUGGAGGCCAGCGGCUCCGGUGGCGACACCACGCUGGUGUGCAGCGCCUACGACUUCUACCCCAGACACAUCCAGGUGGCGUGGCUCCGCGACGGACAGGAAGUGACCUCGGGCGUGACCUCCAGCGAGGUGUUGACCAACGGAAACUGGACGUACUUGGUCCACUCCUACCUGAGGGUCACGCCGGGCGGGCGGGACCGGGUCACCUGCAAGGUGGAGCACGUCAGCCUCAAGGAGCCCAAGCUGCGCACGUGGGCGGAGCACGAGGCCCGAGACUCGGAGACGGGCUUCCUGUUGGGCGGCGCUUGUGCUCUGCUGCUGGGGACGGCGUGUCUGUCCUCGGGACUGAUGGUGCACAGGAGGAGGAGAUAUUCUAACGUCCUGUGAGCCUGUCAGCAGGACUUUGACUGCGCCGAGAGGAAAGUCCGAAGGGAAAAUCUGGAAUUGAUUUUUAAAAAAGUGACAUUUGAGAGUUUUCUGCAGAGUCUUGUAGUAAAGUGUGAGGGUGAAAUCACUGUUUAGUUUUCAUUCUGAACCAAAGCUGACACAUGAGCUCCCAGGGGUGCACCGUCGCCACGGUUACACAACCACAGAGAAGUAACGUGUAUGUGUCAAGGUGGCAACUCCGUCUCCACGGUGACGGUAAACAAGGGACAUACACACAAAGCGAAACAUUAGCCGGACAGAGAUAAAGACUCCACACACACACACACACACACACAAACACACGCACGCACACACACACACACGCACGUGCGGACGGGACAGAUGGCGGAUUCACAGCGAGCAGCCCAACCCGUCAACUUUGUGCAUCAAGACGAAAUCUGGUAAAAACCUGCUGCUUGUUUCUGGGCUGUCGUUUCCUUUCACUCUCUGUAGGUUCUGUGUUCUGACCGAGCAAAAACCCAAUGAAAUAGCAAAAGAGUCACGAGGAUAUCUACAAAUGCAAAGGAGCGCUUUGGACUCAAAUGGACUUGAGUUUGAUUCGGUCUUUGUAUCGCAACAGCAGGCUAAGCUUUCUGCCCAGAUGUUCUUAUUAGUAUUACUACUGUCAUUUGUUCUGGUUUUAGUUUUACUUUUGAAUGAUUUUCUCACUCCCUUUUUGUUCCUUUUCCAUUCAUCUUUUUUGUUUGUUUUGUUUGUUUUUGUAAGAAAUGUGCUAUAAUAAAUACGGCUUGCCGUAGAAAC